AUGAGCAGCGUUCAUUCUCAGACCAGUGAGGUCGAUGUGCCAGCUGCGUGUACUGGAAAACUGAAAAAUCAAGCAGAAGUUGGAAAUGGGUCUAGAAAUGGGUCUGAGACGUCAAUAGCAUCGAUGAAAUCGGCGAAGUCGACUAUCACUUUUGAGAAGCAGAAAGUCGUUCCUAGGGCCAGAACCAUGUCUGUACAGAGUGUUUUGAGUUCGUUCUCACUCCGGAGUAUGUUGAACACUAGAGAGCAUGGUGGGCCUCAAUCGCAGAACUGUGAUGAAGAGGAAUGUACCAAUACGAUGCACAAUCAUAAUACCAGUAAUAAUAAUAAUAAUAGUAAUAAUAACAGCAGCAGUAUUGCAACGACGUUUAUCAAUCCCACUCAACAGAUACAGUCGCCAGCUAUGGCUUCUACGAUGGUCAAGAAACGCAACGGGGUUGCGGGCAAGAACAAGCAAACUUUCCUGUCGGAUUUACCAAUGACUGAGUCACGUUCAAGAAUUGGCCAACAGUUACCUUUUAACGAUGAUAAACGGAAAUCUGCUAGGGAUUUAUGUAAACAGAGAUCGUCUUCGAAUACUAGUUCCAAUUCGACCGCGAAUUCGAACUCGAAUUCGAAUUCUAACCUGAAUACGGCAAAUCCAGACUCUAAGACGAGAAAAGGGUCAUCUCGUGGUUCCGAAGAUGCUGCCUCAGAUACUACUACCAACAACACUAAUAGUAACUCUGAAAAUGAAUCCAGUGGCGACGCAUCUCCAAUAGAUUCGUCUCAUGACUCCGAGUCUGAAGAAGAUGAUAUUUCAAAGCAAAACAAGUUGACAACAGAUGCGUUGAGGAAACUUUCGUUGCUGCAGCAAAGUAAGGGUGCUGUAUGUAAAUCAGUACAGACAACGCCGUUGACCUCGAGUGAAAAUUUGGUGGAUCCAAAAGAACCUCUGACUCAACUUAAGUUUGGUGGAAAAAACGUUAUUUUGGAUACAACUGCUACCAUUCGUAAGAACUCUGUAGCAAUGGAGGCAUCAGGGGAUCAAAACGAAGCUCGUAAGCAAUCUUUGGAAAUUAUUUCGCAACCAACUGGUGUAACUUUACAUGGAACGUCUCAUAAUUUCAACGAAGCUAAGGGCAUUUGUUCCAAUAGUACAGCCUCAUCUAACUCGAAGAGACUCUUACAGCAGAUUAACGAACCGAAGAAACCGAUGUAUGUUCCUGCAGUGUUGAGAGACAUUUCUGAGACGAACAUAAAGAUAGAAGAUUUGAAGUCACAUUCUCCUACACCAUCUGAUGUAACACAAACAACUUUACAAGCUGUGCUGUCUAAACAUUCGAACACUUCCAAUUCAAAUUACGCCAGAAGUAUUCAUUCUACCACAUCAUCCAUUGUGAGCACUUAUAGAAACAAAAUUCAAUCCUGGCUGUGUAAUGAAAGGGAUCUGCAAUUACAAUUGAUUCAACCCACCAAAGAGCACUGGAUUCCAGAUUCCAAACGUCAUUCUUGUAAAUACUGUCACAAAAUUUUCACGUUCUGGGAAAGAAAACAUCACUGCAGGCAUUGCGGUGAUAUCUUUUGCCAGCAACAUGUCAGACACUGGCUAUACUUAAACCCUAACGCCAAGUUUAUCAUUGGUUGUGGAGGGUUAGGCGUGCUAUCUAAAAUAUGUGACAGUUGCUUAGAUGAAUAUGACACUCUGGUUAAGGCUGGACCCGCCAAAGAUCAGGCAGAAUUGCAACAGCAGCAGCAGCAACCACCUUCUACUUCUACUUCCUCAACUUCUUCAUCACAUUCUGGUUCGAUUCGUGAAAAUGAAAAUGAAAAUAGUGGAAACCAUUCUAACACACUACUCAAUUUGCCAAAACCCGCAACAGGAAGAAAUAUAGACGAAGCAUUAAAUGGUACUGAGGGUAGUGUAAACCAACGGCAGCACUUGGAAAAUAUUGUAGGAAGUGUUCCUGCUGAUUGGUCUUGGAGCAGUUUCUAA